AUGGAGGAAGUGCAAGCUGUGGAUGAUGAGCAGCGCGCUGGACGCCAUGGCAGCGCAGGUUUGUUCCUAUUCGAGAAGGGCGGAGAUGCAGUAGGCGAGACGCCCGAGGAUCUCGCAGCUCUGGAGACGGAGCGUGCUGCAAACAAGAAGCUGGCGGACGACUUGGCGGACGAGGAACAACGACGUCGCAUGGCGGAGGAGAAGGAUCGCGAAGACGAGAUUGCCGUUGUCCGGCAGAUUAACGUUGAGUACUCCAUCACAUCUGAGGAAGAGGAGCGGGAGCGACGCGUGCACGAGUACGAAAUCGCCAAGGUGGAGGACGAGAUGAUGCGCCGACGUGGCCAGGUCGCAGCAAUUGAAGCCGCCGAGGAAGAACGCAACCGACGCAUCUCCGAAGCAGAGAAUGUGCAGAUCCAGAAUCUACGAGAGCGUGCGUUCUCGCAGGAGCUGGCGGUGAAAGCUAUGGAGAAGGAGCGCGUGCGUCGCCUGAGUUUGCCUGAACACCGGGAGCGAGCUCCGUCUUCAGGGUUGGAGCGAUUUUAUUCGUGUAAGAGUAUUCCAGUCGUGCACGGAUCAGCGUCCAAGGUUUUGGUGGAUGAAAACUCGAAGUGGAGCUGCUUCAUAGCGUCCGAGAAUGCUCAAGAGGAGAAGAACCAACUUCACGCACUUCGUUUGAGCUUGGAGGAAGAACUCAAGGCCGAACGACACGCCAAGUAUAUUGAACUCGUGGGAGACGUCCGUCUGCUACGCUUUCUACGAGGUCAUAAAAUGAAUGUUUCGGUUGCGGCUACAAAGUAUCGGGAGAUGCUCGCGCUACGUCAGAAACUCAAGCUCGACGAUAUUCGCGAUGACGUCGUCAACAACAACAAGAUACCCGAUGAAUUUCCGCAUUUCCAAAAGAUUAUCCCGCAUCUGCCGUUCCUCGACUCGUACGACGUCUUCUCGACUCCUGACAGCCAUGUCUUUUACUUCGAAAUGACAGGCUACGCCGAUUUCCAGAAGCUGGUGACCGAUGUCACGGAAGAGGAAUGGCAGACUUUCUUCCUCUACUCCAUGGAGUAUCGAGCACUGAAGCUGGACCAACUGAGUCGUCAACACGAAAAGCUGGUGCAAACGAUACUCGUCCGCGACCUCACGGGUUUUUCUGUCGCUCGUUCUAACCCGAAGUUACUAAAGCGACUGGGGCCCCUCGUGUCGAUUGCCACUAAAUGCUACCCAGAAUCGAUGCACAAGGUGCUCGUUCUUCAUGCUCCGUGGAUCUUUGACAAGGUUUGGAGUGCUAUCAAGCCCAUGCUUCAGGAAACUCAACUGCGCAAGGUGCAUAUGGACGGAAAUUCGCUCGAGAGACUGCUGGAGCUAUCGGGUGGACGGGACAACCUACCGAAACUAUUGGGAGGUCGAAGCACGACACAGGCGAUCCCUCAGACAGGGUUCCUCGGUCGCAAUACGUUUGUUUUACUCUGUGAAGAUGGCGCAACCCAAGCGGAUAUUAAGGCUGGAGGCACAUUGCAAUUGCCAUUCCGUAUGAGCGCCAAUGACACUCUCUGCUGGGAGUACGUGGUGAAGGACCGUGAUAUCAUGUUCGCAGUGAAAUUCCGAACGCAAGGCAUCGGUGGCGCGGAGGAAAACGAUAAGGUAGGCCCCGAACGUGUUUCGAGUGGAGCCUCUGUUGCAAGCUCCUUCACGGCGUCAGAAGGUGGAACGGUAGUGCUGUCGUGGGACAACUCGUUCUCGUGGACGCGGGGGAAGACAAUAGCGUACAAGGCCAAGGUGGUGAAGUCUACGCACGACUUCUCCUCGCUCGAUAUUAGCGGCAACGACUGCGUUUGA